UUUCUUAUGAUGUGUAUUUUUGCGCACUUUUACGAGAAAGUAUCUAUCAAGUGCUAAAAUAAAAUAAAAAUAAUUAUAUAUUUAUUUGAAGAAUUGUGAUAAUAAAGAAAUUAAGAAAAAAAUGCAUGAUUAUAGUAAAAUUUGUAGGAUUUGUAUGUCUAGUGGAAGUCGUGAUAUAUUUCAUCGAUCUAAUAUAGAUCCAAACAGUCCACUCGAAAGGCUUUUAGAAAAAAUGCGAUAUGUCACUAUGAUGAAGAUAGAGGAAAACGAUGAUUUACCUAGAUUAAUAUGUGAUCUCUGCAUUGUGCAAUUAAAUGUUGCCUACAAUUUUAAGCGUCAAGCUGUGGAAAAUGAUACUAAACUUCGACAAUAUUUCAUUGAACAUGGAAUCACCUCUCAUUAUUCGGUUCCAAACAGUGAAAUACCAAAUAAUUCAAAUUUGAAAAAUCCCACUUCAAGUAGUAACAAUAAUACGGAAAGUAUCAAUAAUCGUCAUAAUACUAAUAUCUCAACAACAAAUGUUGAAACAGCAAGUGUUCGAAGCAGCAACUUCACAGCAUCAAAUAGUACUCCAAUAUCUCCGACAGUUCGUAGGGUAACAAACAGUUUUCCAAUUAUGCCAAUAAUUGUUAAAACAGAGCCUGAUAAUGACAUACUUGUGGAUGACUUAUCCGAUAGCGUUAUUGAAAAUACUAGAGAUGGUCCUCUAACAGAAUCUUCAAUUUCAACAGAAAAUAUUAUAAAUACUGGUAAUAGAACACAACUAAAUAAUUCAACGUCAUCAAUGGUUUAUUUAAAUGGAUAUAGUAUAAAUACUUUGACACCGUCAAGUGAAGUAGAAUCUUAUCAUAACGUCAGUACUAAUAAUAAUACUGCUAAUAUCAGUGAUGUUAUGCAAUUAUCAAGUGGAUCAUCAAUAUCUUUUGGUACAUCACAAAACAGAAAUAAACGUAAAACCAAUGUUAACAUAGAUAAGAGUAAUGAUAAAACAAAAAAUGACCAACAAGAAAAAAAAUCUUUAAGUCCUGCAGAAAUCACUAGAAAGAAAAUUGCUCAAAAGAGACUGGGUAGUCAACUAAAAACUAGAAGGGUAUUGAAAAACUGUCUUGAGACUACUUUAUCGGGUUUAAAAAUUGAUAUGGCCCCACCAAAAGGUAAGGUAUCUCGAGAAGAAAUGAAAAAGAAAUUAUAUUUUGGAGUUGAGAGAAAGCAACGAGAUUCUUUAGAGAAACAAAAAUCUUUAGCAAGUGAAAAUAGUACUAAAAAAAAUAACAGGGUCUACGAUAACACCACUAAAAUUCUCUUAAAUCCAUUUAAUACACGAAAACAAAAUUCUGCCCCUUCGUCGAUUAGUAGGAGAAGUUCUGGGCAGAAAAUGCCAACUGAAAAAGGUAGAGGUAAAAAAAAUACUAGAAAAUCGGCAUCUGACAUCCAGAGAACGCAAAUUCAAUUACUUCAGCCCAAAAUCGAACCACCUUCUAAAAAUUAAUAUAAUAAUUAAAGAAAUAGUUUAAAAAUUGUCAAUAGCUACAUAAAACCCAAAAAAAAAAUAUCGGAGACAAAAUCAAACUGGAAUAUUUUUUACAGAAAAUAGUUAAUUUUAACUAUUUUAUAAUUUAAAUAUGACGUAUUAUAUGCGUUUGCGUUAAAAACAAAACAUGUAAUAAAAAAAUACAGGUAUUUUUUCAAAUCAUUUACAUAUUUUUCAAUUAAAUUGAAAUGCAUUUUACAUCAGUUAAUUAGGGAUAUUAAAAUUUAUUUAGAGAAAAUUACCUUGACUAAAAAAAUUAAUAAUAAAAAAUCAUAAUAUAAAAUAUCCUCCAGUAAAAAUAAAUACCAUAUAUUAAAUAAUAAAUAUGCAACAAAAAAUUCAUCAAUAUUCUCAAUUUAAUUUUAAUAAUAUUAAUAUUAAUUCAAAGUUUAUUAUAAUUAUGAUUUUGUUUAAUAACACUCGUUAACAAGUACCUGUAGAUUAGAGAGAUUCCGAACAUAGAUUAAUCACAAUUCGGCCAUAUUAUAAUAAAUAUUUGAAUAAUAACAUUUUGUAGUUUAGAAAUAGAAAAAAAAAUAAUUUACUAAUACAUUUUUAUAAUACUAUAUAAUUAAUUAUACUUAUUUGUAAUUGUAAUUAAUAACAGUUGUAAAAAUUGAAAAAAAUGUAAUUUUUUUCUUAAGGAAUCUAAUUUUUGUUGGUUGCGUUACUUUGAACAGUGGAUAUUAAUCAUGUUGAAAUUAUAUAAAAUUAAUUAUAAUUACAUAAGGAACUAUAUAAAAUUUUUUGAGUUUAUUGUUCAUUUUGGAAAAUUCAUGGAAAAUUUAAUCAACCGGUAAUUAAUUGAUUACACAAAUAGCAGUAGGUCGGAGCGUGAAGGGGUUUACAAUAAAUUGCGAAAAGUUGAGGUGGUUUGGGGGGAAAAACUUUCUUGUCACCCACCAUACUGUUUCCAAAAAUCCAUAAUCUACAAAAACAGUUUUGUAUUAAAAUCGUAUUUUAAAUAAUUUACUUUUUGUUUUGGUAAAAAUAAAUUCGAUCGUGUUUUCAUGAUCUUAAACUAAAAGUAAAUAAUUCUGAGACAUUUAAAUGCAUGUUAAUAUUACAUUUUUCUACCAAAUAAUGUU